AUGCUUUGCAAAAAUGACUUGAAGGAGGAGCAGGAGGUUAAACCACAGAAGGGUGAAUAUGAAGAUGAAAUUGAGGAUGAACUGGAAGAUGCUGUGCAGAAAGUGUGUGAUGCAACUGGAUGCUCGGACAUUGACUUAAUAAACCAGAUUUUGAAAGCGGAAAACUACAAUGUUGAAUCAGCAAUAUUUGCCAUCAUUCAAGUGAAUGAAGUGAAAAGAAUCAGUGCUGAAGAGCAGUGUGAUUCCCAGGACAAAGGCCCGAAAUCGUGCAGCUCAGCUUUGUGGGAAGAAAAUGGAAGUGGCUCCAGAAUCUUUGGAAAACAGAGUUUGCAUCAAGAUAAAAUGGAAAACGCAGGAGAGGCUAGAUGUGAUGAAGAGAAUCGACUUAGCAAAACCACUAAGAUAUCUAGAAAACAAAAGAAGGAGCAGCAGCGGUUAGAGAAGAAGAGGCGGCAGGAAGAAAGGCACCGACAGAAGGUCUUGGCCAACAAAUCUAACUGGGGUGGUAGUAACAGGAGGGAGACGGACUCAGAUACCCAAGUCACCCUAGUGAAGGCCACGGCAGCCCUAAACAUAUGACUGAAUGUGUUCCGAGUGCUCUGGUACAGAAAGCAAAUAAAACUGGUGAAGACAAAGCUCUUCAGAAUGAAUUUCCAAGCACCUAUUAUCUUAAAAUGAGUUUCUGCAGAGAUCUCCAAGCAUGUACUAACUUUCUGCUUCUCCAGUUGCAGGAAGAACAAUUAUUUGGUAAUACUGUAUCAGCAGGUA